UCACACUGACACUGUACUGUCAGAGUCAAGUUAUCAUUUGUGACUUGUUACUGAAAAAGUAAUUCGUAAUUCGUAUUUUUCUUGUAAUUAUUUUUUCUGAAGUAUAAUUUCUUUCGACUUCGACUUUUAAUUUUGUACAAUGUUUCGUAUAUAUAAUUUACAGAAAAUUAUCCCUAAAAGUGAGUACACACAAAUUCGUUCAGAUUUAUCUAGUUUAAGAUUGAUGAUAUGUAAGUAUUCACAUAAUCCCACUACACCUGAGGUAGCAGAACAAACCGAAAAAGCCAGAGAUGAGGCAAAAAGGCCUCAAUCUAAGAGGUUGGAAGAAUUCCGAAAGAAGUUGAGAGAAACUACUCCAAUUGAUGAUCUUGGAGAGCAACCUACAAUGCAUCCAUCUCAAAAGGAGGAAAAUGCCUUACCUCCAUGGCCCAAUGACAUCAAUCCUCAUACUGGAGAAGUAGGUGGGCCUAGAGGACCUGAACCUACUCGCUAUGGAGAUUGGGAAAGGAAGGGGAGAUGCACAGAUUUCUAACUCUUUGUAGUUAUGAUUACAUAAAAAUAUUUAUUUGACCAUUGCAAUGAUGAAUAAUGAAAGGUUAGAUGACUGAUAAGAGUCUUGAAAAUGUCUGUGAUGUCAGCUGUAGAUUCUCUCAAAGUAUAUUUUAUCUAUUGUAGAUAUAGGUUACAAGUAAAGAGGAGGGGGAGAGUGAAUAUAUUUAUUGUGCAAUUCUUUUUUCUCUGGAUCUGUGUAACUGUACUCUAUUUCAAUAAUCACUUGUAGUAGUAAUAAUAGCUUCCUUUAGAUACAUAUAGAAAAAAGUAGCAAAGCUGAAAUACAUAUUACAAAAAGUACUUAAUUUUAGUGUAUUUAAAGUCUUGUCAGUUACUACUACUGCUAUACUAGAUACUAUACUGCUUUAAUUCAUAAUUUAUUUGUUGUAGGAUUUUUAGAAAUAAAAUAUUGUUGAAAUGUUUAAA